GAGACGGACCUUCACGAAAUUAUUUUCCCUCUUGAACGACGCCUUCCUUCGCAUGCGUUCAAUCCUGCGUUCCCGGUUUCCUCCGCUCGCUCGUCUUUGCCGUGAGAAGAGGUGUCUACGCAGCUUUGGGAGCCACAGAUAUAUAGAGCUUCCUUCGCUUGAGCAGCAGCGCGACAGCACAACAGGACGUCGCGCCCGUCGAUCGACACGGACCACGUGUGUCCCCGUGUGAUUUCACAACCGCAACAGCAGCCGUACAGUAGCAGACCAUGGUGCACCAUCAGCACCUCUUGGUGCGCCAGCGGCCUCUCUUCGUGCGUCUGCAGAGGCCGCCCGGCGAUCCCCACUCGGCAAGGCAGCAGCCGCAGUGGAGUGCGCAGCCCAGGGCGGACCGCACCACAGCCACAGUCAAGGAGCCGGCCGACAGCAAUGGUAGAGGGUUCGUGGGGUUUUUGUGUUGCCGAGGUCCGCACAGCGCCGCCGGGGAGAGGGAGGCGGAGGUAGUGGUGUUGCCGAGAGGGAGAAGGGAGGAGGAGGAGGAGGAGGAGUGGUCGGGUGAUGUGGGGUGUGACGAGUCUGACGGCAGCCACCAGGUGCCGCACACGAGCAUCAGCAGCCGCAACCGCACGACGACCACAGGGGAGGGAGGUGAGGAGGACAUCGGCGAGGACAUCGGCGAGGAGGGCACCAUCCCUGCAGUGCCGUGCAGCGCCAUCACCAGCGCAUCGACCAAGGAUGGGGCGGAUGGACAGGUACGUACGUGUGCACUUACUCUACUGUAUAUAUCAUCUGCAACAACAGGGUCACGUGUUGACACUGACUGACUGAUGUGAUGUGAUGUGAUGUGUGUUCCAUCUGUUGUCUGCCUUUCCAUCGACCGACAGGUUGUCGCCAAGUUCGGCCCCGACGACAUGUCCACCAGAAAGUCGCCCGUACCCGACUCUCCCCCAGCCGCCGGCGCAUCGCAGCGAGCCACCGGGCCGCCGGACUCGCCCCCUCACGACUCAUCUCCGAGCGACGAGUUCACCACCCCACCCCCCUUGCUCAACCCCAUCUACUCAGGACAGGAGGCGCCACGCCUCUCCCCCCUUCCACCCACCAUCGCCCCCGGUGCCAUCCUGCCGCUCGGUCAGGGCAUGUCUUCGAGUGUGAGGUGCUGCCGUCAGGAGGGCGGGGGGAGUUCUGUGUGGUGCUGGGGCAGUUGAGGAGGGGCGACGGGGUAAGCAGUGUGCCGGCAGUCCUCAAGUGCAUCGAGGACGACAUGCGGGAGGUCGGGAGGGAGCGGGCGUUGGAGCUGGCCAGGGCGUUGCAGCUGGAGGCUGACGUCCUCAGGGCCGCCAAGACGGCCGUCGCCAGGGUGCGUCAGCUGUGGCAUGACGCCCUCGGCAGCGAACAGCCCUUCGCAGAGGCCACCAGGGUAGUGCCUGAGCUGGUGUUCGAGGCCGCCGACGUGCCCAUGUUGCGGCCGGUGGUGACGGAGGAGGGGGAGCGGAUGGAGGGAGCGGGCAUGUGUGUAGUCAUGAGCAAGAUAGGGGACGGUACGGACACGUACACACACAGAGCCAGAGAGAGACGAGACAGAGGGAUGGAGUUCUAUACACUUACUUACGUCUGUCCUCUCUGUCUGUGUGUGUGCAUGUGUUUGUGUUUGUGUUUGUGUGUGUAUCUCUCAGGGGUUUCGUUGACGGAGUUUGCCGCUCGGUACAUACCGGUUGCGCCGCUCACCAACGCCACGGUCGCCGUCAACACGGUCAAGGCCGUCCUCGCCCUGCACGCCGCCCACCUGACCAACGGUGACCUCCAUGGAGGCAACACCGUCCUGGCCAACGAGCGGACGGGCGAGGUCGGCCUCAUCGACUUUGAGGCCGGCCGCAACCUGCGCCACAGCACCCAUUCCCCCCUGACGACUCGGCCUGGCCCGCCCUGCACGUCUGUGGGGAAUCUGGAGGCCAUCGUGGACGGGCGGGCAAUGCGCGACGAGGCCAUCGACUACUACUCUGACCUCACGGCCGUCGCCUGCUCGCUUGUCCGGUUGGCCUUCGAUGACGCCACGCUGCGGCGGGGAGCGUACGAGCGGGCGGGGGUGCUGGUCCACGAGGUGGUCAAGAAGUGCGAGGACGGCCGCAUCACCACCGUCGAGGCGGCCAAGCUCGAGUACAUGGCCGCCAUCCACAAGGCCCACGCCAAGGCCGUCUCCGCCACUCAGCGCGACAAGAAGCUGACAGCCGAGACGAGGGCGGUGUCACACAAGACACUGAACUUGUUUCGAGACGUGUGUGUGGGGCAUGCUGAGGGGGCGCCGGCAAACCAGCUGCACCAGAUGAUGGCCGACUACACCGAGGACGUCACAGCCGGUAAGUUACAUAGCUACUUAGCUACUUGAUGGGUGGGUGGGUCAGUCAGUGGCUGGGGAGGGGACACUGGAGCGAUCUCAUUCAUUCGUGUGUGUCUGUGUGCAUAUACAUAUUGUGCUGUGUGUGAGUGCAGAUGUCAUCAGGAUUGCCAGGGGAUGGCCCGACUACCUGACGCCACCUGAGCCAAGUGAGCCCUCUUCACCCACUCACUCAGAGAGAGAUUUGGCGAUGUGUGUGAGGCGACGGCGAGUGACAUGGUGUGUGCGUGUGUGUGUUGUGCUGUCGUGUUGACUGACCUUUCAGCCACAAUGGAGGCUAUGCUCGCAAAACUCGGCCUGAAGCGCUGACCCGCCCGCACCACAAACACAUCGGCACCAUCAACCAGGCAGAGAGAGGAAACCAUAGCUUGGCUGUUUGGCGACGGAGGAUGGCCUGGGUGCGGGGAUCCCUGCGUGUAGUCCGGAGGGGCGUCUGUGGUGGUGGGGGAGUUUUGAGUGGGUCCUGUCUGCUGCUGCCUCUCUUCUCUCUCUCUUUCUCUCUCUCUCUCUCUUGGUCUCUCUCUUCAGUCUGUCUGUAUGGGCUGUUGUCUCUCUCCGAUCGGUCAGGUGUUGAUCAAUCGUUGCCUACAUAUUAUAUCUCGAAGGCCUUUCAGUACAAUGCCACUGCAGCAACCACCCAUUUAUAUGUGCGCCGUACACUGGUGUACGUCUGAGCAUGUGGUGCCUCGAAUCAAGUAUUCCUGCCUGCUGCGUGUAGGAUGGAGUAAGGCAGCUGGCUGCUGGCUGUGGGUUGAUGGUUGAUGGAUGGACAGAGCA